AAGGCUGCAGGGUAACCCACUGAGCUAUCCAGCAUCUCAGCUGGCAGCUGAGAGGACGAUUAGCAGAGGAGGGUGGAACUUUCUUCCAAGUCGGGAGGGCCAACCAAACCUGGGGGCGGUGCUUACUCCCCCCUCAUGACUCAAGAGGGGAAAUUCUGAGAACGGCUUGUUUCAGCAUACAUUUUCUGAAAGGCAGAGAAAGAAAGAGGGGGAGGGAAUGGAUUUUUCUGGUACUUGAGGGGAUUGUGUCACAGGCCAGGGGCACAUAUUUUUGUUAGAAAAGCCUGAAAAAGUUAUUUUUGCAUAAUAUGUCCCCUUUAAGUGUUGAAAAUCAAAGGCCUUACUUUAGUAAUCCUCAGUGAAAAUAUGAAAAAAACAUUUAGAGGGGACCAUCUUUGGUCAUGGAUUCAUGACAACACAUAAAUAGAUUAUCAUUUAUGAAACAUCAUUCAUUGCGUCAAAAACGAGCUGUAGUUUAUAAAAAGGGGGUUAUAGGUACAUAAAGUCUGAUUAGGCCAGUUAUCCGCUCUCUCUCAUGAGAAUACAAUUUUCUGGAGUCAGCAGUUGUCUUUAUUUAAUAUUUCAAGUAUUUCAUAGCCAAGCUUUGGCCAGUUUGCUUUUAAGAUUUUUUAGCCAUUUGUUGGUAAAAUUUUGUAAGAAUGAUGCUUUACUUUGAAUGGAGUUUUAACGAAUGUUUGUGACUGUUUUUAUUUAACUUUGUGUUCACUUUUUGGAGAGAAGCAGACUACUGUCUACCUGAUUAUGCCAAAUUUAUGCAGAGGUGUGAUGUGUUCUGAGUGCACUCUGUUACAGCAAAAUAGAACAUUUAAUUUCUGAAUUAUGAUGGAGGGAAAAUGUCCAUUUUCACUGUGGUAAAAACUGUUUAAAUAUAGAUGUAAACACUCUUUGGCUACUUAGUGUUGCACUAAUAUAAAGUAUUCAGAUAAACAAAACAGAAGAAAGGCAACCAGAAAGGAGGCAGACCAUGUAUAAUGAAAUGCCAAGCAACAUUUUAAACACACUAGAUAGUCAUGCUUGUGCACCAUUUGUACUGACUAAACUUUUCCUUGACCUUUUACAGUAUUAUUACUGAGCAGAACACCACAGUGCCUCCUGUUCUCUUCAUGUGCCUUUUUUUAAUUAUUCGGUUGCAAACGAUUAAAAGUGUUAAGAAUCUCUUGUGGAAGUAUUGGAUUGAAGUACCUUUUUAAAAGUUUGUCAAUCUGAAAUUGAUCUUCUUCGCCUCAGUGUUCUGCAUUUGUCAUCAUUCUUUCUUGGAGACUUCAAUGAAAAAAAUGACAAGACUGAAAAGCUAAAUGUUUAUGCAACAAUUCUUUUUAAGUACAAUUUUGUAAUAUUAAUAAAGCAGCACUUGAUUACAAAAAAAGGGCCAAGUUGUAAUUGAAAGCGUACAAGAUCAUUGACAUAUAGAUCAAAGUAAAUGUUUCUGUGGACUCAACUGUUUUUUAACAUAUGUCAUAAAUUCAUGUACACAUGAGUUUUAGGCUGUUAUAAACUUGGUUCCAGUUAAUUCUAUGAAACAUUACCUCAGCUACAGCGUACAUGUAACUAAUUAUGGUGUAAUUUAUUGUAAAUUCAAAUAUUAAAAAGUGUCUGAAUUUGAGAACAAUCGAUACUGUUAUUUCCAAAACUAGUCAAAAUGUACUGUAUCUUAAAUUAGGUCAAAUGUGUUAUAUAUGAUUUGAUGAAAUUGCACUGUGUAAAUCAGUGUUAGACUUCACUAAAAGGGUAGUUUUGUCACAAGCUGUUUUAAAUGAUGUGCCACCUGCUAUUUUUGGACUUUUUUCUGUUAAAGAUAUUAAAAGUACCCAUGAUUAUUUUCCCUGAAAAUGUCUCUGAAAUUGUGUUGUUUAAGUAAGUACUGAGGAAAGUCAUCCUGCUGUUGUAUAAUGGGUCUUAUUUCAUAAAUGCACCAUAAAAUUAAAAACGUUAAAGUUUUCGUAAUCAGGAGCCUGGUGCUCUGUUUACUAUAUAUUUUAAUUUAACAUAGAUCUCUUUAUAAUACAUCAAUACAAGUAGUUUAUCUUUUUUUAUUAUGUUCAAAAUUAAGAUAGCAAUCUUAAUUAAUUGGCCAACAUUUUUUAUGUCUAAACAUCAGUUUUUGAUGUUGAAAUGUUUUUUUUUGUGCAAAGGAAUUAAUUGUUGAUGUAUUGACACACCAUUUUCUGAUGUCUACAUAAGAUUUUUUUGUGUUAACAUCAAUUUUUGUUACUUGCCAAUUGUUAAAUUGUUAUUUCCAUUUUUUCUGUAUUUAUUUUAUAUGAACUUACAUUUAUUUUGUCUUCACACCUCCAUGGAAUUUGACAUCUUAAGAUUUUGGCUUUAGAUGUGUAACUGUUUUUCAAUGCUUGGACCCUGAAUAUCCUUAAAGCGUCAGUGGUGUCCUUGCAACCCUGGUAAAAAAGAAAAAAGAUUAGACAUCAGCCUUCCCACAUGUCUUAUAUGUUACUCAUUAGUUUUCAUGACAUUUUGAUUUUUGUUUUCCCUCCUUGUACGACUUGUAGCUUUAACGUGACCAGCCUAUAGACGAGGGGUGGCUAAGUGGUGAGCCAGGGGCCUCAUGUGGCCCUCCUUCUUACUCAAUGCAGCAGAGUCAUUUUAAAAAUCAUUACCUCAGGGAAUAAAAGGAGAAAAUCUGCCAUGAAAACAUGAGAAAUACAAAUACGACCAUCAUAAUCUUUGAUUACAGUAUAUGAUUAGGUCUUUACAAGAUAUAGGAGCUUUAAAACUUUAUAUUUGUUUCUGUAAAAAUAUAUUGCCAUCAUUAUUAACAAAAAAGCAUUGGAUAUUUACUAAAAUUUCCAGUGAGUACUAUGUUCAUUGCUUGUUAAAGGAGCUUAAAUUUUCUCGUUUAUUAAACCUUAAUGUAUGAGUUUAAAUGUUGAUGUAAUAAAUUCAGAUUGCAUUGAUAUAUUUGUUUCUUUUGUUAAAUUGUAAGUAAUUGUGAUAUUUGAUAAAUUGAGAAUGCUAACACACUCAGAGCUGAUAGUAAGAAACCAUUAGCAGCUUCCUGGUCUCACGAGGGCGCUAUCUCAAGCACGAGCCCAUCCUGUUCAGUGGCUCCGUUGCCUACGUCACCACAUUUCACCGAAUGCGAUGGAACAGCGUGGAAAAGCGUAAAGCUGGCUGCAAGAAACUUGUGCAAGAUGAGGGAAGCGGCUCUUGUGAUCGCAUCGUGUGUUUUUGUUUGUCUUCUCUCGAGCUGCAGCCAGGCAGCCAGACAAGGACAGGACAUCAGAUGCGGAGCGUGCAGGGCUCUGGUAGAUGAGAUGGACUGGGCCAUCUCCCAGAUAGAUCCAAAGAAAAUGAUCCAAACAGGAUCCUUUAGAAUCAACCCUGACGGCAGCCAGUCCAUCAGAGAGGUGCCUCUUGCUCGCUCAGAGGGAAACCUCCUGGAGUUGAUGGAAAACGUGUGCGAGAGGAUGGAGGACUAUGGGGAGCGCAUGGAUUCAUCAACAAACAGGAAGUCCUACAUUAGGAUAAAAUCUCGGACUGGUGAGGCCAUGGACCUUUCAGAGGCCACACUGGAUUCAAGAGUUACAUCUAGUCUUAAAUUUGCAUGUGAAACUAUUGUUGAGCAGUAUGAGGAUGAAAUCAUUGAAUUCUUUUCUCAUGAGUCAGAAAAUGUAAAAGACAAACUGUGCAGCAAGAGGACGGACCUCUGCGACCAUGCUUUGAAAAUACCCCAUGAUGAACUUUGAUACCAUCAUUGUCGUCUCUCCUCAGCAGGAGGUGCUGUAAUAUUUUGAGUUAUCACUUAUCAUUAGCCCCGGCUGAAGAUGUACACUAAAUUCUUUUGUAAAAUAAUAGAAAAUUGACCAGCACACAGCAGUGUCUUAGACCUGUAAGAAGAAUUUAAGGACCAGUUUGCCAUUUAUUACCUAGGUCUCUUCUAACUUUAACACGUGUUUACGUAUUGUAAGUUAUUUUACGUCUCUGCUUUGUAUGAAGGCUCUUGUCUAGAAAGGUUCGUCACGAGAUAAACCUUAACUGUAAAACUGUGAAAUCAGACUUCUCAGUGGAUACAGGAUUUUUUCUUCAGGAUGCAUUGUGUAUAUAUGGUAACUUAAUUUAAAAUAAGAACACAGAGAUCAGGUAGAAUUUGGUCAGGUGGUCCUUAAAUCCUUAUCUGUGCACACUGAAAGUUUUUCUACAAGCUAGACAGUUGUGAUUUGUGCUUCUUAUUUAGCAGUUGAUCAUCUACACUGAGACACUUAGAGUAAUUUCAGAUGUGUUUUCAGUUCUGCCUAAAGUAGAGAAAUUUAAAUUUUCAUUGACAUUUAUUGAUCAUAGAAAUAACUGAUGCCACUACUCCUUUCUUGUUUUGGUACAGUAUAUCUAAAAAAAAAGGCAAAUGUCUCUGUAAAAAGAUAUAAUUAAGAUAAGAAAUGGAUAAAUUUGAAUGGAAUAGCAGGUAUGUCACUGAAUUUGCAUAUUUGAUGAAGAUUAAGUUUCACACUCCAUAGUGAUUGAGCUUGUUUACCCAUCAGCCUCAGUUUUUGGUACUGUUUACAUGAAAUGUAUUUCAAUUACAAGCAGGCUGAUGUUGCUGCUUAAGAAAUGUGUGGAUGUGAUAUUCUCCUUCACAUUGCUCAUGAACUAUGUUUGCACGUCUUCCAGUUGAGAAAUCAGUGCCUAAAGUUUCAAGAAGCCAAAAAGGAAAAAAAUCUUAGUCUUCAAUUACUGCACGGUGCAAACUUUGAAUACAAAUGUAACUCUAAGACUUGUACAGGAUUUCAAGUCAAAAUUAAAAACAUGGGAAGGUCUUGAGCUAAAAAGGCUUUAAGCUAUGGGUCAAUUUUGACAAUAACUGUGUUUGCAAAAUAUCUACUUCCUCUACAUGGUGCCCUAUAAAUUGAAAGUAGAAAAUUAAGUAUAACCUCUAAUAAAUAUGUACUAUUUGGAGUCAUUUGUUACAUUAGAUGGAUAAAUAUAAAUCCUUUCAUUAUACACUUAAAGACCCAGGAAUGAUACACUUGAAUUGUGAAUUUAAGUCACAGAUCAUUUUUUUGUAUUAGACACAUUUGAAACUGAGUUCUGAUGUUUCCCCACUAGAGUGUGCCAACACUCCAACACAAAAUAUAAUAAUACCAACCCACUCUGUGCCAUCAGAAACAGGUCUAGAAGUAUUUUUGUUCUUUUAUUUUUCAAUGUGUGAAGAAAUACCUUGUCUCAUGUGAACAUUCUCCUGUUAUUUCCUUUUUAUA